AUGAUGAGUGGAAGUUGUGGCAUAAGAUGUUGGCUUAUUGAAGUCGAAGUCGAAGGAAGAGCCCUCUUGGUGGAGUGGUGUAAUCAAGAACAAGUUUUGGCCCAUCCUUCCGUUGGAGGGUUCUUGACACAUUCUGGAUGGAAUUCAGCUAUGGAGUGUAUAUCGGAAGGGGUGCUGAUGAUUUGCUGGCCGUUUUUCGUUGAACAACAAACGAAUUGUCGAUAUGCAUUCACCAAGUGGGAGAUCGGGUUAGAAAUUGGGGGAGACGUGACAAGAGAAAAAGUGGCAAAAUUGGUGAAAAUUUUGAUGGAGGGAGAGAAAGGAAAGGAAAUGGGGAAAAAGGCCUUGGAAUGGAAAGAGAAGGCUCGAUUGGCAGUUAAGCCUGGUGGCUCCUUACCAGAAUUUGGAGUAUUUGAUUAA